CUACAGUACCAAAAACAAAGAAAGUUUAUCUGUAUAUAACCCUCGUGUAUACUAACAGUUUUUUGUUUUAUUAAUAAUUCCAAUUAUAAUAAAAUAAAAUUUUCCUAUACAACUUUAUUAGAAACAAAAGUAUUAAAAUAAAAUAAUGAAAGUAUUCUCUGGCGCAUAGUAGCUGGUUUUAUUUUGUGUCACAUAACUUAUAUUCUUAUUUGUAGUUGUCAUAUUAUUUAUAACAAUAUGAGUAAUAAAAAAGAAAAGGAAGAGGAGAAGCCAAUUGUUGCUAAAACAGCUGUGGAUUUACAAAGAUUAAAAUUAAUGAAGUUAAUGAAAAAUCCAGACAAACCUAUUGUAUUACCAGAACGACCAAAACCAAAAAAUACACCAACUGUACCAGAAUUUGUAAGAAAUGUAAUGGGUAGUAGUGCUGGUGCAGGCAGCGGAGAGUUUCAUGUCUACAGACAUUUGCGCCGUAAGGAGUAUGCAAGACAAAAAUUUAUUCAAGAGAAAGGUCAUAAGGAACUUUUGGACGCACAGUACCAUGAGAAGUUGGAACAAAAUAAAAAACUAGCAGAGGAAGCAACAGCAAAAAAGCGUGCUAAGAGAUUGAAAAGGAAACAAAAGAUGAAAGGGAAGAAAAAGAUGAAAAUGAAUAAUACUGAAAUCAAAAGUAAGGAAAAUAGCAAUACAGAGGACAGCGAUUCGGCAGAUGAAAAUAAUGACAAUGAAACACGGUCUGAUUUUAGUUGCGAUAGAGAAUCUACAAAUAACAUAACUUGUACAGAAAUGAAACAGUUAAAAGAUAUCGAAGUUAAAGGAAAAGAAAAUAAUAAAGAUGAGUCUAAUGUUAUAUGUAAGGAUAUUAUGAGCGAUACUAUUUCUAUAGAAAUUAAACAAGAUCAAGAAAAUGAUACGACUAAUAUGUUGAAUGAAUCUAUGAAGAAAGAAAUAAAUGAAGAUGAAUAAAAGAAAAAGAAAAGCAUGCUUAAAAUAUAGUAUCUACUGAUAAUAGGUACUUAUUUUCUAUUAUGUAUAUUAA